AUGACAGAAACUACUUCAGACGUGACUAAGAUCAGGUUUGAACGUCUUGAGUUGGUGACGAGAAAGGCAUUGGAGCAUCUGAUCAAAAAAUCGUUGUCAUUAGACCAAAUAAAGACGUGUUAUCCUACUAUAGCUAGUACUGAUGAAGGUGUGAAAGCUUUAGAGAUUGCUAGAUCUCAAAUGAUAAAUUUCUGGCGUACAAGUUCAUUGAAGGAGUUUGAUUUGAUAUUCAAGGAAAAAGAUAUAGAGAACAAAUUGAAUGAAUUAGAUGAGAUUAUUCUGAUAGCUCAACAAAGGAAACGAGAUGGUGUUGAAGCACCAACUAAGAUUGAAAAUUAUACUCCCAAGGAAAUCAUUGAAUCAACAUUGUUAAGUAAUGGUUCAACUACAAUGGUAGAGAAUCUUAGUAUGAUAUAUAAACAGUUGUGUCUUGAUAAUCGAGAAUUCUAUGAAGAAUUAAAACAGUUAGGAUCUGAAAGUGAAGAUUUAAAACAAGAAAUCAAUGAUUCAAUUUCAACUCUUGAAAAGGAAAUUGAAACCAUCAAUAAAUAUAAUCCUAGAGAAAGUAUAGAAAAUCUAAUCAAUAAUUAUUCCAAAAAGUAG